AUGAAAGAAAUUAGUACCACUAAACUUUGUCAACAUUCCAAACGCCCUUUAUACCCCAACCUUAAGAGCAUCAAGGAGUUGAUUUACAAGCGUGAAUAUGGAAACGUGAACAGGCAGAGAAUUUCUUUGACUGAUAUUUCUAUCCUCGAGCAGGAGGCAAUCCUGGUGAACGAACUUGAUGUUGUCGCUGCACGCACAUGGACAUCGCAACUGAUUAUCCUCUUCGCCGAAAUUUCGGCAGAUCCGACACACAUCGCCCCCGCCAUCACCGCUGUUCUUAACGCUAUCGUUGCCCCCGUUGCUGUUUUCUCCCUGCAGAAAACCGAUCGACGACGUCGUGGUUUCCGACAGCACCACGGAGGAAGGUUCGCCAUCUCGGCACCAGCGCCGCAGCCGUCUCCGGUCCGAUCUUCAUCGAUCGGUGGAGAAUCCGGUGGAUCUCGAUUUUCUCUCUCCUAA